AUGCUUUGGGCGAAUGCCAGUAGCGAAGCUGGAGAGGCUGGCUUGACGGAGGAUGAGACGGCUCAAUGGCGUUCUGCUAUGCUCAGUAUGGGCAUCAUCGAUGCAAAUUCGUGUAAUAAUGAUUCCUCUUCAUUUCACGUACAGUUGGCCUAUCAGAUAUCCAGUCUUCUCUCUCCCCUUCUUCAAGCUGAAUCUCAGCCGGGUUCUCAACAGGCAGGUCAGCACACAACUCGAGGCUGCAUUGAUCUGGCCUCGGCUUACUGUCGUCUAAACAGGGCUCGUGGGGUUGAGUUAAUUUCUCCCGAUGAUCUUAUACAGGCCGGAAAACAGAUGGAAGGACUGCAGUUACCUUUGCGGCUAAAACGGUUCCCUAGUGGAAUAAUGGUAAGUUGCUCAUGA